AUGCACAUCCUCCGUGCUUUUCACAUAGUGACGUUGAUUAUCCUCGGAAGUGCUAAAAUCAUUUGUGCCGAGAAUUUUCAUCUACGACGACAGAAAAUCAGUCGAAAGGGCGCGAGCCUCGCGCAGAAAGCAGCUCAGGAGGCAAAAGCAGCUUCAGACGCGCAGAAUGUUGCCGGUCAGCAAGCGGCUCGUCAAGUUAAAUCUCAGUUGGCUCGCAAAGCGUCUGAAGCAGUGAAAUCUGCACAAGCAGCACUCUCCAGCAAGGAAGCAAUUGUGGAGCAAUUACAAGAGGAACUUAAGGAAGCUCGGUCGGUGGUUAACGAGGAGAAUUCUUCUCUUCAAAAGGAUCAAAACAACGUCAAAGCUGCUGUUUCGGCUGCUCACGAGACCCAACAGCAGCUAAAGACCCUGAAUCAAGCAAUUCACACGGCGAAAUUCAGUCUCGCGAAUUCCCAAGCCGCAGCCCAAGGAGCUCGGAGGUCGCUGUCCGAAAAGAAUGAACUUUUUGAGGCUGCUAAGAGACGAGUCGAGGAAUUGAGGGCGCAACUGAGAGUCGCGAAAGCCGAUUACGCGAAUACCAAUCGAGCGGUGAUAAAUGCGAAAACUGCAGCUCGGCAUGCAGCUGCGAAAGCGCACAAAAACAGGAGGCGUACGAGAAACAACGUGGAAGCGCAGGGCCAAAGAAAUCCAAGGAAACUCAUCGAUUCUACGUGCAUCGGCGUUAAGCUUCCGCGAUCACAAAUAGAGGCGACUAAUCUUGCUCAAAAAGCUGCCAAAGAAGCCAAAGCAGCUAACGCAGCCCAAAGUAUGGCCGGUGCUCAAGCUUCCCGUAAAGUCAAAUCUCAACUCGCCCAAAAAGCUGUGCAAGCAGCUAAAGCUGCUGAAGCUGCGCUCGCUGGGAAAGAAGCAAUAGUAAAUCAGCUCCAACAAGAGAUGAAAGAAGCUGAGGCCGUUGUCAGCGAAGAAUCUCAGUCCCUGCAACAGAGCCAAGCCAUUGUCGAUUCAGCGGUUCUUUCUGCGCGGCAGGCUCAACAAGAGUUAAAAACGCUGGAAAAAGCUAUGGAGACGGCGGACGCUCAUGUCGAAAAUGCGAAGGCAACGGCCGAAGGUGCUCGGGAGGAGUUCAAAGAGAAACGACAAUUAGUACAGGCCGCGAAGGCACGAACGAAGCUACUGUUGAAAGAGACGCAAUGCGCGAAAAAUGAUCUCACUAAUACGAAAAAAGCGGUUGUAAAAGCGAGCGAAGCGGCACGCGAGGCUGAAGUCAACGCCAGUAAAAUUAAGCGACGUCGAAAUUUAACCCGUCGGAUAGCCUAACACGAGAGUUCCCGAAAUUUUGAAAUAUUUCACUGAAAUUAUUGAAACUGGUCAUUUCGGCGGGCCAAGCAGCGUGGAAAAAUAACGCACUUCGAUAUAUUUUUAAUAAAAAAGUCUUCAUUUUA